AUGAUCCAAAUUGGUCAAUCGUCGAUAUCGUGCUCUAUGAUUGAUGCUGCUGAGUUUGAAGACAGUUCGGGAUUCUUGGUUACAUAACAAUCGUUCAGGGGUAUACAAAAUGUAUGCCAAGUAUGUUGAAGUUCUCACCAUACUAUUUAGAGAAGUUGUGUGCACAUCAACCUCGAGUUUUUUUCCCCCAAAUGAAAUCGAGCGAGAUGCCAUUUCCUUCCUCCAUUAUCGAGUGUAUCUACUGACCCGGACGAACGGGACAGCUGCAGUUGGACUACUAGUCGGAGCGUAGUCCGCGCCGGCCCCGGUCGGGACCUUGGGCGACGUGCUGGUAGUUCCUACACAGGUAUUUUACAGAAGGAACUGAGAAGUAUACAGAAUGUUAUCAUUAGACUCAUUGGCCGAUUUCCAGGAGACGUUCCUUGACUGGAUGUGUGGUGCCAAUGCGACCAAGCCUGACAUUGUACGUGACGGGCUCCAGGCAAACCCUGACCAAUUCUCAGACAUCUUUCAGAAGCUUCUCCUGAACACCUGUCUCAUUAACACUCUGAAAGCCGUCCCCCAUGCUCUCGCGAUAAUCAUCUUUCCCGUAGUCCUGAUUGGCACACGCUGUUGUGCCAGUCUCAAGGGGAUCGGUAAGGCCAGAUACCUCCUGAAGUUCCCCGGCCACGACUGGCGAUGGGUUUUCACAUUUAUCCUUGUCGGUGCAUUGAUAGGCAGUGUGGUGGAGGGCGUCUUAACUGAAAUCACAUUCCAUGGCAGUUCAACGAGACCGAGUCCUCAGCCUCAUUUGUACCUUCCGGAUGCCUGCGCGAUACUAGCUACCGUCUUGUCAAUCGUCUACAAUCAACAAAUGGAAGUCUGGCAACGGCCUCAGAUGGCCUGGCUGCUGUUCUUCUACUGGUUGGUGUCGCUAGCCGUCAACUCGCUCCGCCUGGUACACCUUGCAUAUCUCCAGAUAGCCAGGUUGACAAUUGUAACCUUUGAUAUGACUGUCAUCACCGCAUCACUACACGCUCUCCUUUUCCUGAAUGAAGUCAAUGUAAUAAGGUUGAAGAUUCUUUUCUGCAAGUCGCUAAGAAGAGACUCGAAAAUUUCAGAGAAGGAUGCAAGUGUGGCAGGUUCGGCUCUGCCAUCCGACCUUAAAGACCCUGAGAUGUUUUUCCUAGACGAGCAUUGCAGCAUGCUGUCUCGCAUCACCUUCUCCUGGUUGGGGCCCCUCCUGAAGAAGGGUUUCCAACGCCCCCUGGAAAUGAAAGAUCUGGGAUCCCUCCCGGAGAUUCACGGAGCGCGAUUCAACCACGAGAGAUUCACCAAAGUGCUUGAGGAAGAAAGAAGACGAGCAGCCCAUAGAGGCAGAGCCCUGCAGCUAUGGCGCGUGUGCAUGCGAGCCUACUGGUGGGACAUUGUGACCACGGGAGGCCUUCGCUUGGUAGCUGAGAUUGCUCGCUUCAUCAAUCCUCUCUGCAUCAGCGGAAUCGUUCUGUUUAUCACCGAGAAAGAGACCGAGAAGCGACAAAAAGAAGAGCCCCAUGUUCUCACUGUCCAGGAAUUCUUCUCCAAUGGUUUCGUUCUGGUUGGCCUGAUGUUCAUUGGCACUGUGAUCCGCUCACUGUGCAUGGCAACAUACAGGCACUGGAUGGUUCUGCUGUCCCAGCAUGCAUACAGUUCCAUUCAGACUGUUGUGUACGAGAAAUCCCUGCGUUUGAGGACAUUCUGCCAAGGCAAAGGCUCGCUGAAUGUCGGUCGGAUUACCAAUCAUAUGUCAACCGACGCUGAUAAUAUCUUUAACUUCUUCCUAUCAAUGCACCAGGCAUGGAUCAUGCCUACACUAGGAAUCCUAACUAUGACACUACUCUUCAUGGAGCUAGGCGCCUCAGCCCUGUUGUGUAUAGUUCUCAUGGCUGUCACGCUCUUUGUUCACCUCAAGAUAGCCUGCUUGACUGCACAUAUGCAGAAAAGAGUCAUGCUGUUCUCGGAUGAGCGUCUCAAGAAAUGCAAUGAGAUGUUCCAAGGAAUCAAACUGCUGAAGCUGUAUGGCUGGGAGAAACUCCACUGCAAAUCCAUCAAGAAGGUCAGGUCCAAGGAAUUGUGGGAAAUACUCAAGAUCAACAUCCUGCUGGCAACUUCAGGUCUUGUGACCUACAGCUUUCCCUUCUUUGUUACACUGACGGCAUUUGGAUCUUACACAAUCCUGAGUGGUGAACCAUUGACUCCCGAUGUCACCUUCUCAUCCUUUGCUCUCUUCAGCAUUGCUAUGACGGUCAUCUCCAAGCUCCCUUCCGCUUUGGCAUCCUACGUCAAUGCUUUGAUUAGCUCAAGGAGAUUGCAGGACUUUUUGUCUGCCCCUGAGGUUGAGAAGAGGUUUGAGGAUGGAUCAGAUGACAUUGGUGAUGCCAGAGGACCAUUGUCUCCCGUAUACGAAGAAGUAAAUACUUUUGACGAUGUGACCAUCAAGCACAGCCGACGGUUUCUGGCCCGCAAGCGUCGCGAGAGUGACACCGGAGGGCUCUUACCGGCCACGCCCCUGCCCCUCAAAAAGGACUCCAUCCCUAGCCCCUCCCCAUCCUCCACGUCACCAAGUGAUCAAGACAGUGAUAAUAAGAGGAUUAACAUUGAUGGGUUGCCUAGCAAUGUGGCUGUCAAGAUUGAGAAUGGUAGUUUUUCCUGGGAUCUUGACCGCAAUGUGCCAGUUAUAUCAAACAUCAACGUAGAGAUUCCUGCAGGGAAGUUGACGGUGAUUAUUGGGCCUCUCGGAGGCGGUAAAUCGUCGCUCGGCCAAGCCAUUCUGGGAGAAAUGAGGACCCUAUCUGGUUCCGUCAAAUUCAGAAAGAAGAAGAAUACCAUAGCAUUCGCUGCCCAGAAGCCCUGGCUCAUUAAUGGAUCACUGAGGGACAACAUCCUGUUUGGUCAGCCCUACCACGCCAAAAGGUAUCAGAAGGUUCUCAAGGCGUGCGCCCUGCAGACCGAUAUCGAGAUCCUUCCGGCCGGGGACUUGACUGAAAUUGGUGAGAAGGGACUGAAUCUGAGUGGUGGGCAGAAACAACGAGUCAGUAUCGCUAGGGCUAUUUACUCGGAACGCAGCAUUGCGGUCAUGGAUGAUGUGUUGUCUGCUCUGGACAUGCGCAUUGGCACGCAGGUGUUUGAAGAAGGCAUCGUGAGAAUGAUGCGAAGGUCUCGCCAGACAGUCAUUCUCAUCACACAUCAUCUGCAGUGCUUGCACAAAGCAGACCACAUCAUAGUGAUGAAGGAUGGCAAGAUCAGCAGGCAGGGGACCCGACAAGAAAUUGCCCGCCUGGACCCUGAGCUGUACUGCCGAUGGAAGAGGGCGGUGCAUCUGGUCAGCGAGUCGGAGACUGAGUCAGAGGUGGAAUCGGAGACGAUGAGAGAAGAGAGACAGUAUCUACUCAAGCAGGUCUCCAUGCAGCAGAUGGAGGGGGAGGAUAAGAGUAAACCAGGAUCCAAGGACGGGACGUUCACGCAGGCUGAAGACCGUGAGAUCGGCCCAGUGUCGUACAGGGUGUACCUGUACUACCUGCGAGCUAUAGGGCUGAAGGCUAUGGCUUUGAUCAUAGCCACCUACCUGAUGAGAGAGUCGCUGAGAAUGAGUGCCAACUUCUGGCUGUCCAGUUGGUCAACGGCCGGCUUACAGGCCAAGCAGACGGGUGUAGAGGCUGAGUCCAUGACCCUGCCCUAUCUGACAGGCUACACCGUCAUCGUCAUUGGUUGUAUCUUGGCUGCCAGUCUAGCCAACUCCAGCUUAGUCUACUCCAUCAUAGCCGCCGCUAAGCAUCUUCACGCAGGCAUGCUGAGCAACAUCAUCAGAGCUCCAAUGAGGUUCUUUGAUACCACACCCGUGGGCCGGAUUCUGAACAGAUUCUCCUGUGAUACCGCCAUCAUUGACCGGUCCAUCAUCGAGACAGCGGACAACGUUCUCUUCUAUCUUCUGUCCUGUAUCUCGGCUCUUAUCAUCAACAUCAUCGUCAUGCCAAUGUUUGCCGUCGCCUUCCUGCCGGUCUUACUGGGCUUCAUUGGUCUGCAGAAAUACUUCAUUGCAAGCGGGAGAGAGUUGAAGCGUCUGCAGAGCAUCUCCAAGUCACCGGUGGUAGCCCACCUGACCGAAACAUGUGACGGACUCUCCACGAUCAGAGCUUACAGAGCUGAGCGACGUUUCUUGGAUGUAGCCCAGCAGAGAGUGACGGCCAACACGACGGCAUUCACCUAUCUGUGGUGCACCUAUCGCUGGAUUGGAGUCAGAAUGGACAUGCUUGGUUCAUUGCUGGUGUUAUUUGCAAGUGUUGGAACCAUGUGGUGUGCGAUAUACAGCGAUCUGGACCCCAGCCUAGCUGCUCUGGCCAUAACGGACAUACUACGGGUCUCCAGCCAAGUGAACUGGUUGGUGCGUUACACCACGGACACGGAGAUCCAGAUGAAUUCAGUGGAGCGUGUCAAGCAUUACAGCAGCUUAGCCAACGAGCUCUACGACGGUACCGACCCUCCGCCCGAUUGGCCAGACAAGGGUCAGGUGACAUUCAGCAACGUAUCGCUGCGAUAUGCUCAGGAGCUGCCAGUCGUGGUGGAGGGAGUGGAUGUGGAAUUCCAACCUGGAGAGAAGGUUGCACUGUGUGGCCAGACUGGAAGUGGAAAGACGUCCCUAGCAUUGUCGCUCUUCAGAAUCCUGGAGAUUUGUCAAGGUCAAAUCCUAAUUGAUGGCAUAGACAUCACAACAGUACCAGUUGAAGUUUUACGCCAGGCACUGUCAAUCAUUCCACAGGAUCCUGAACUCUUUACAGGCACAAUCAGGAGAAACUUGGAUCCUGAAGGGCGGAGCUCCGACAUUGAGCUUUGGGUUUCUCUUGAAAUCGCUCAACUUAAGCAUGUGGUGUCUGGCCUACAGAAGGGAUUGGAUUCGGAGGUAGCAGAGGGAGGCGAGAACUUCAGCGUAGGGCAGCGUCAGCUGUUCUGCCUGGCUCGUGCCUUCUUGAGAAAGUCUCGCAUUCUUGUCAUGGAUGAGGCUACGGCUUCCAUGGAUAUAGACACGGAUAAGAUUUUGCAGGAAGUGGUUGCAACCACCUUUGCCGAUCGCACCAUCUUGACCAUCGCUCAUCGCAUUUCCACCAUCAUGAACUUUGACACGGUCUUGGUUCUCAGUGACGGCAAGAUCAUCGAGCAGGACUCACCCAUGAACUUGAUAGGCAAGGAGGACAGCGUGUUUGCAUCACUGGCAAGGGGGAAUGAGUAGUGAUGAGUUACGUCGUAACUCACUAGUCAUGAGUAGUGACUAUAGCAGUGAGCUUUUAUGGCCAGUUUAUAGUCGGUCGCGCAAUAGUUGCACAAUGAUCACGCAACUGAAAAACUGACGCCUGAUCAUCUUACAUACGGUUCAGUUGUUGCUGUAGCCCCAGCGACUUGUGGGCAAAGGACGCUGACGACGUCACUACAGAGUUCAAAUAAUUAAACUUUGACACGGCCGCUGACCUCACUUUUCUGUAUUGAGCCAAUAGGAUUGCUCAAUCUGUAAGAAAUAAUGAAUAUGCAAAUGGUACAGAUUAAUAUCGAACAAAAUAAAUGACCGUGUUGUUGUAAAGCAAUUUCUGGAUAUUUUUGCUGUUUGACAGGCUAACAGGAACAAAAAUAAUCAGAACUUUUUUGUAAACAUUCUUCUUAUUAAUUCGUUGAAAGCAAAUUUCUACGUGAUGCUGAGACAAAAUGGUCAGUAAACAUCUGUAAAUUUCGUUAUUUAUGUGACUUUUUCAGUGUAUUUAUUUUUGCUGUAAAAGGUCUCUCCAGUAGCCAAAAUGGUGCGUGGAAGGUUUUGAGAUUUAGUAAAUGAUAAUACAUUGUAAAUGUGCUAUUGAUUAAUUAGUUGUUUCAAUCUGUUAUUGUUGAUGAUUGAAGAUCAAAUAUGCAAAUAUAAGAAGAAUAUGCAUAUAUUUUGUUAUAAAAAAGCUGGAAUAUAUUAAUGCCAAUAUAUUUUGAUAAAACAGUAUUUAUUUUUGCUUAUUUUUCAGGUUUAUCGAUUAUGCUUAAAAUGAAUUUGUGCGGUAGUUGUACAAAUUGGAUAAUUGUAUCAAUCAAGACUAUCAAAGUUUCAAAAGUGUGUGAAAAGUCCCUAAACUAUAAAAGAAUGAACAGUUCGAAUAUUAAAGAAAGCAGCAGAAGGUCAUUGUUUUAAGAUGAUAACUUGUUCGGCUGUGAGAUUUGUUCUUUAUUACAGUAAUCAUUAAAAUCAAAUUAAAACAAAAGAA